UUUUUCCCUGCCACCUUCCGCCUUCAACUUGCGCCCUCCUCCUCUCGCUAUAUUUCCUCCCUCUCCUUCCUUUUUCUGUGUCUAUUUUUUUUUCUCCCUCCUCCUCCUCCUUUCGGUGGCCGUCUUCGCUCUUUGCUCACUGCUAUCGCUCUCGUUCCCUCCGCCGCCCCCAAAACCCUAGCUCUUAUCUCGGUCGGGAUCUCUGAUUGCGGGAGUUCUUGAACUCGUUGCGCCUCGAGGCCCGCUGAUUUGAGAGAGUUGUCGUCAAUCUGAAUUUACGAGGUGCUUCAGGUGGCGGCUAAUCUUAUCGUGAUCCAAAAAGGGAAGUAUAAAUCUCCCGCCCGUGGCUCUGCAUCCUUUUCAGCACAGACUUUUUCACAGCAAAAGAUCAUCCUGAGAUCCGGGCAUAUCUUGGAAUUCUUGGCUGCUUUGCUCUUGUUGAUGACAUCGUUGGCUGUGAAUUGUCAAAUAUUGUAACCUAACUUCUACAACAAGUGCAACCACUUUGGUUUCUUUAAAUUUUCUGAAAUGGAUCGUCGUGAUACAACAGGAUUUGUUAGUGGAGGUGGCAAGCAAUUCUUCAGAUGUUUCUAACUGUUGAAUAUUGUUAGCUGCAAGUCCCGGAAGUCAGGCCAACUGGUUCUUUUUGAUUAAUAUCUGGUUGAUAUAAGAGGUCUUCUGCUGGUAAUAGUAAUGAAUAACAGCAUUCCUGCCAACCUCUCCUCUUUACAUGCUUUUGUCUCUUGGAGCAAAGUUCAAUCAGGAGCUGAGUAUAGCACAGAUGUUACAUUGCGACUUGAUUCCCCUGGUACUUCCAGUCUGUAUAGUUUCAAUGCUAAAGGGACAAAGAGGAAGUGGGGUGAUAUUAGUGGAUUGGAGGGUCCUGAACAUCCUUUACUUGCACUUGGUUUAGGGCAGUCACCCAGUUCCUCAGACAUUAGCAAGGUUAGCUCAACAACUGCUUGCACAAUGUCUUCGGUGAAGGAGACUGAUGAGGAAUCCUCAGCUGAUCUGGGUUUGAAUUUUCAGCUUCAUCUUGGCAAUGAGAAUAUGCCUAGCCCUAAGAAAUCCUCUGUUGCUGCUCCUCAGGCAUCAGGAAGUGAACCGAUUUAUGACUUCCAGCCAGGUCUAUCAACUGGCCCAUCUGAAUCUGUUAUUACUGGUAUCAGCCCAGUCUCUGAUCAACUUCAGAACAGCCUGGACACAUCAGCAGUGAUCGGUCAAGUGCCAACAGUUGAUGAAGGAUCAGCAUCAUCUCGCGGGAUAUUUGGGAGUUAUGUGGCACCCUCUUUGUAUAUUUCAGAGACAACUAGCAGCUUUCCUUCCAACCAAAAUAUUCAUGCUAAAGCUGAUCCAGUUGCAGUUGUCCCAGACCUCACAUCAACCAGGAUACAAACAGUGAAAAGCCCAGUUGCCUGUACUUCCGGGGUUACUCAUCUGCAGCAACGCAACAUUACCACAAAAACUUGUCAGUUCCAGGGAUGUGGAAAAGGAGCAAGAGGCGUUUCUGGACUAUGCAUAGCCCAUGGUGGGGGACGAAGAUGCCAGAGACCUGGCUGUCACAAGGGAGCUGAGGGUAGGACCAUCUUUUGCAAGGCCCAUGGAGGUGGUUGGCGAUGCCAACACCUUGGCUCCACGAAGAGUGCCGAUGAAGGCUGCACUGAUUAUUGCAUUGCUCAUGGCUCAACAACUGCUUGCACCAUGUCUUCGGUGAAGGAGACUGAUGAGGAAUCCUCAGCCGAUCUGGGUUUGAAUUUUCAGCUUCAUCUUGGCGAUGAGAAUAUGCCUAGCCCUAAGAAAUCCUCUGUUGCUGCUCAGGCAUCAGGAAGUGAACUGAUUUAUGACCUCCAGCUAGGUCUAUCAACUGGCCCAUCUGAAUCUGUUAUUACUGGUAUCAGCCCAGUGUCCGAUCAACUUCAGAACAGCCUGGACACAUCAGCAGUGAUUGGUCAAGUGCCAAAAGUUGAUGAAGGAUUAGCAUCAUCUCGCUGGAUAUUUGGGAGUUAUGUGGCACCCUCUUUAUAUAUUUCAGAGACAACUAGCAGCUUUCCUUCCAACCAAAAGAUUCAUGCUAAAGCUGAUCCAGUUGCAGUUGUCCCAGACCUCACAUCAACCAAGAUACAAACAUUGAAAAGCCCAGUUGCCUGUACUUCUGGGGUUACUCAUCUGCAGCAACGCAGCAUUACCACAAAAACUUGUCAGUUCCAGGGAUGUGGAAAAGGAGCAAGAGGUGCUUCUGGACUGUGCAUAGCCCAUGGUGGGGGACGAAGAUGCCAGAGACCUGGCUGUCACAAGGGAGCCGAGGGUAGGACCAUCUUUUGCAAGGCCCAUGGAGGUGGUCGGCGUUGCCAACACCUUGGCUGCACAAAAAGCGCUGAAGGCCGCACUGAUUAUUGCAUUGCUCAUGGUGGUGGCCGGCGCUGCAGCCAUGAAGGCUGCAUCCGAGCUGCUAGGGGAAAAUCAGGUUUAUGCAUCAGACAUGGAGGUGGCAAGAGGUGUCAGAGGGAGAAUUGCACAAAGAGUGCAGAAGGUUACUCUGGUCUCUGCAUUUCCCAUGGAGGUGGGAGGCGCUGCCAGUUUCCAGGAUGUUCGAAGGGUGCACAAGGGAGCACAAUGUUCUGUAAGGCACAUGGUGGUGGAAAGAGGUGCACUUUUUUGGGGUGCACCAAAGGGGCUGAAGGGAGCACUCCUUUUUGUAAGGGACAUGGUGGAGGGAAGCGCUGCUCAUUCCAGGGUGGAGGUGUGUGCCCAAAAAGUGUGCAUGGUGGGACCCAGUUCUGUGUUGCUCAUGGUGGUGGGAAGAGAUGUGCUGUUCCUGGUUGCACUAAGAGUGCUAGAGGGCGAACGGAUUUCUGUGUUCGGCAUGGUGGGGGCAAGCGAUGUAAGUUUGAAGGGUGUGGAAAGAGCGCACAGGGGAGCACUGAUUUUUGCAAGGCACAUGGAGGCGGCAAGCGCUGCUCAUGGGGCCAGGUAGGAUCAAAUCUUGGUGCUGGUGCUCCUCCUUGUGAUAGGUUUGCUAGGGGCAAAACCGGCCUUUGUGCUGCACAUAGUGCCCUUGUGCAAGAUCGUUGUGUUCAUGGUGGGGGCUCUCUGGGACUGUCAGCUACUCAGUACCCAACAUUGGUUAAAACUGAGAAAAUGAAAGACAUCAUUGUUGAAGAAGAUACGUUCUCAAAGAUAGGCAAUGAUGGGGAGAAGUUUGCAGGCUGGAGUGAUUGUGAUACAAAGAACAAUAUCAUGCCUCAUCUCCUUCCUUGCCAGCCUGGGUCAGUUUCGCUUCCAGAAGGGAGGGUGCAUGGAGGGAGUCUGUUGGUGAUGCUGGCUAGCAGUGCAGGCCUUCCAAGUAACUCCACAAGCCAAUCAGAUGCUGGCACUUCAGAGAAGAACGUGUCACAUCCCAUGAUGCGCAGGUGGAUAUAAUGGCCAAGCAUGCCUUUUUAAGAUUCUUCUUCCUUGUGUGGUUUCGAUCCUAGUUCUGGCAUAGUGUGGUCUGCUGGGUAUUAUAUGUUCAAAGUAACUUUGAUGCUUGGAGUAGACAAAAUCAGCAUUUCUUGUUCAUUAAUCAUAUUUUCUUGAACCUGGAUGUGAUCUUAAGGCCCUCUUGUCGAAAAAAAUAAAGGGAAAGAUAGGGGAGGCAAACUUCUAGCGUAGGUUUGCUAGUUUUUUCUUCAGUUACUGUAAACUGGCUCUUGUGUAGUUGUUUACGUUUGUUUGCUUCUUGUUGGGAGCAUCUUAAUUUUAUCUCAAUGCCGUGUUUCAUGUCAUAUUAAAUAUAGGGUAUGGCUAGAUAGUUAUGGUUCUUAA